CCUGGCUAAGCUGCGAUUGUUUGAAUAGUUCAUUUUAAUACAUAUCGGAAGAAACUUACUUGAAUAAUAUUUAAUAAAAUGAAAUUCUGGUGCCUUUUCCUUUUUACUGCAUUCGCAUUGACUUCUACAGAUGCUUUUACUCCUGAUAUUGUGAAUAAAAUCAAAGGACUAGCGACUAAAGUUGGUCAAGGAAUAAAAGGUGUUUUGGACAAUGGUAAAAAAUUGGUCAAUAAAGCCUUGCACGUUGAACCGAAUGCGGAGGUUCAAGCAUCCGCACAGCAGUCCACUAAACCAGAAAAUCAUCAAUCUCAACCGUCCAAUCAACAAUCACAAUCAUUCAGUUCACAGUCUCAACAGGCUACUCAAUCAGAACUAGGAAAUCAACAACCUCAAUCGGUUCAACAGCAGGUUAUUCAGAGUUCGCUUCCUUCAGAAAUUAAUGAAGUCAAUGAACAGUCUCAAUCGGUUCCAACAGUUCAAGCUCAAGAAACUGUUUAUCAAUAAACAAAAAGAACAGAUUAAAACAUCCCGUAAAAGUUUUAUAACAUUUUUAAUUUAAAUAAUAGCGUGCUAAAAAUAU